AUGAAUUUAUAUUAUUUGGAGGUUUUGGCAAUAGUAAUUAAGACUUAAAAAUAAACUCUAAUUUAGAUGGGGAUAUUCAUAAUUGGGGGUAUUGGAUAUGAAGCUCCUGAUGGAGUUGUCACAACCAAAGAUUCAAUUCAUCUAAUUGGGAUUUUUGAGCCAAAAAAAUUUAAGUAAUGUGAAAUAUAGCAAAUGAUCUUCACACAUCAUAGAAUUUUAUUUAACUGUAGAAGAUUGAAUCUAAUUGAUGAUCUCUGA